CUCGGUGGCCCUGAUGAGGGCAGAGAGGCGGGAUAUAAGCUUUAUAAACAGCUGGACCAGCGCCUGCUUCCUCCCCACCCCCUUUGCCAUUCGGCUCUGCUCCUCCCGCCUGCUUUCUUCCAACUUUUCCUGAAGGAUUCCUCUUGGGGGAACCUUUCUAGGCGCCUUUCUGCUCAACCCGCACAGGGCGGUCAGGUGGCGGCCGAGGAUCCCCUGCUCCGAGCGACCCUCCAGGCCCUGACCAGUCCCAGGGACGGACGCCCUAUGGGCCCGGGCGCGGGAUGCGAAGGGCAAGGUCUCCCCUCGAGGCGCUUGCAAAGGUGAGCCCCUGAGAUUUCACCGCAGGGCCCUUCUCCCGUCUAGAGGCUGCUGAACCCACAUAUGCUGAGAGUCAUUUGCAGGAAGGGAAACUCCCCGUCGCUUCCCUAAAAAGAAAACGAAACUACCGCGGUUGCUCUCCCUUCCCUUUGCCGAGGCAGCCAUGGCGGCUGGAGGGCCGGUGAAGGAGCUGUGCGAGGAGGCGACCUGCCCCAUCUGCCUGGAGUAUUUCAGGGAUCCCGUCAUGAUCGCCGAGUGCGGCCACAACUUCUGCCGAGGCUGCCUGGCCCGGAGCUGGGGGGAGUCGGCGCCGGAGGCUUCCUGCCCCCAAUGCAGGGGAACAGCUCACCCGAAGAACCUGCGGCCGAACCUGCAGCUGGCCAACUUCGUGGAAAUAGCCAAGAAGUUCGCUCUUCAGGAGGGAAAGGGGGGCGUCUGCGAGAAGCACCAAGAGCCUCUGAGACUCUUCUGCAGGGAUGAGCAAGAGCCCCUGUGCAUGUUCUGUGGCAUAUCCAAGGAGCACAAAGAUCACGAGGUGAUCCCCCUGGAGGAGGCUUCCCAAGACUACAAGCCGGUCAUGGCAGCUCGGAAAGAGAGAGUCUGCCAGAAGCACCAGGAGCCGCUGAAACUCUUUUGCAAGGCUGAUGAAGCCCCCAUCUGUGUGGUCUGUGACCGAUCCAAAGAGCACAGAAAUCAUGAAAUCAUUCCCGUUGAGGAGGCUUCCCAAGAGUACAAGGAUCAGUUCUGCAACUGGCUGGAGAUUCUGAAGAAGGAGAAAAAGAGAAUUCUGGUCUAUAAACAAAAAGUGGUAAAGGAAAGUCAAGACCUGCUCAAGCAAAGCAAAGAAGAGAAGCAAGCAACAGCAGCAAAGUUCAGCCAACUGCACAAGUUUCUGGAGGAACAAGAGAAACUUCUGCUGGCCCAGAUGGAAGAGGUGGAGAGGGAGGUAGCAAGCCAAAGGGACCAGCACCUGGCAGAGCUGUCUGAGGGACUCUCCUCUCUUGAGAGCCUCAUCCGGGAGAUGGAGGAGAAGAGCCAGCAACCAGCCAGUGAACUCCUGCAGGAUGUCAGAAGCCCUGUGAAGAGGUACAAAGAAAAGAGGAUGUUUGAGAAUCCAUUGACUUUUCCCCUUGGGCUGAAGUGGAGGAUCUGGGACUUCUGUGAGAUGAAUCACUUGCUUGAAGGUCACAUGAAACAAUUCAAAGACACUGUGGACUCUGGAUUUCAGCUGCAAGAAGCAAAACUGACUCUGGAUCCAGAGACAGCACAUCGCCUACUUGUCCUGUCUGAGGAUGAGAAAAGUGUAAGAUGUGGAGAGAAAUGGCAAUAUCUACCUGACACACCUGAAAGAUUUUAUACAUAUACUGCUGUGCUUGGACGUGAGGAACUCACAUCAGGCUGCUAUUUCUGGGAAGUCCUUCUGGGAAGUGAGGGAGAGUGGGGUGUGGGGGUUGCCAGAAAGUCUGUGAGAAGGAAGGGAGAAGUUAGCUUCAAUCCUGAGGAAGGAAUCUGGGCAGUGGGGAAGUGGAGCGACCGCUACAGGGCUUCCAUAAAAGGCCAAAACUCUCCCCUGACUUUGAGUGGGGAGCUGAAGAGGGUCAGAGUGUGCCUGAACUACGAUGGGGGGCGAGUGGCCUUUUUCGAUGCUGACAGGGCAGCCCUGAUCUAUGAGUUCUCUGGAGCCUCCUUCUCUGGAGAGACCCUCCUGCCCUUCUUUUGGGUGCUUAAGAAAGGCUACCUCAAACUCAAGACAGUCUCUUCAUGAAUGGACUAUGAAUAAGAGAAUAUUGUUUCCCCAGAAACCAUUUUUUACUUCUGCAAAGACCUCUAGAAGCUUUCAGCUGCCAAAAUUAACUCAACCAAAAUGGGUACAGUUUCCCCCCUCUCUUUCUUCUACAUUAUUUCUUAAGGAGAUAAUGACACUUUUCAUAUCAUUCAUAACAAAGUAUUUAUUCUUUAUACUGACCACCAGGCCCUCUGUAGCUGUCCUGACUCUCACACUCACACCCCUCCCCCCAAAAAAUCUCAGCUGUGAAGAAGACCCAAAGCCCAGCCUCUGUUGCUUCCCAAGGGAAAACUACAUCUGAUGCUUGAUCUCCCACAACUUUUUAAAUUUGUGUGGGAAAUCAGAUGUAGAAAACUAUAUCUGAUUUCCCACAACUUUUAAAAUUUUGUUUAAAUGCAGCUGCCAGGGGAGAAAUGGAGUUAGACCAAAGAGCUGUUCUAGUGCAUAGGGGGUUCAUUUCCCCAAGCCCCAUUUUCUGAUUUAAAUUUGCCCCUUUUGGGUACCGUAUAUGGAGGGAAUAUGUUUCCACUGUGUACUUAGAUUAAAAGUUUAUCACCUGAUUGCUUUAGUCUGUCUCUUCAAAACCACAUUCAAGGCCUUCUCUUCAAGGAUAGAACUUAACAUACAGUAGUGCUAAAGAAGUAAGAAUUUGAGUCUGGUGAUUUGCAGGAGCAAAGAGGUAUUUAAAAGCCCCACUUCUAAUUGGCCUUUUGCCUCAGAGCAGGUGCAGCCCCAACCAGUGUGCUGUAGUAGAGUGUCAUACUGGGUUCUGAGAGACCCCAGUUCAAAUCUCCACUCUGCCAUGGAAGCUUGCUGAGGGGGGCCGCAGGCCAGUCAUACUCUCAGCCUAACCUAUC